CAUUAUCCAUGUUUGGAACAACGGUUGGUCUUUAUGGGAUACCCUGGUGUAAGAAAUCCAUGCUGCUGACUGUCUUAAUGUCGGUUAUUGGAGCUUCCAUGGGAAUUCUAGACACAGGUGGCAAUGUUCUGGCACUGAAUACCUGGGGAUCGGAGGCUGGGCCGCACAUGCAGGCCUUACACUUCAGUUUCGCUGUCGGUGCGUUUGUGGCUCCCAUCCUGGCUAAAAUGGCCUUGGGAGGCUCCGAAUCGCAAGACCUUCCGGUAGCUGAAAAGACAAACCAGUCUGUCCCGCGGUCUGUGCCGACAGCAUCGGCUGCGUCAGCCGUGUCAGCGCUGAAACACCAGCUUGGUGCGGACUUUUUGUGGUCCUACAUUGUCAUCGGGACCUAUCUUCUCUUUGUUUCUGUCUUCUUCUUCGUCUUGUAUGCGAAGGGCGGCUCAGCUCGAGACAAAUGGAAGGCCGCUUCGCAUAAGUGCACGUUUGCCAAAUACCACUACGCCCUCAUCGUUCUCCUGUUCGUAUUCUUCUUCUGUUACGUGGGAGCGGAGGUCACGUACGGCUCUUACAUAUUUACCUACGCAAAGGUCUUUGCCGAGAUGAAAGAGAGCGAGGCAGCCGCUUUGAAUUCCGUCUUCUGGGGCGCGUUUGCCGCUUGCAGAGGAGUGGCGAUAUUCUGCGCUGCCUGCUUGUACCCUGGCACCAUGAUCCUGCUGAGCAUCCUCGGCUCCGCCGUCUCCUCUUCGUGCUUGGCCUUCUUCGCGCGGUACCCGGCCUCCCUGUGGGUUGGAACCGCGGUGUACGGCGCGUCGAUGGCCACCAUCUUUCCCAGCGGCAUUUCCUGGAUUGAACAGUACACGGUCGUGCAAGGGAAGUCGGCUUCGCUGUUCGUGAUUGGCGCGGCGCUGGGCGAGAUGUGCAUUCCCGCCGUGGUGGGGUAUCUUCAGGGCAGGUUUCGCCACGUUCCCGUGGUUAUGUACACUGCCCUGGCGACUUCCGCCAUGACGGUUCUACUCUUCCCCCUGAUGUACAAGUUGGCCAACUUCCCCCGCGAGAGCGACCGGAAAGAUCCGAGUGAGAGCGAGGACCGGAAAGCCUUGUUGUCAAACUCGGGGCUUACCGAGGACGAGGAGGAUGAGGAGGAUGCAGGAGAGUGGAACGAAGCGGACUUUGAGGUAAUAGAAAUGAACGACACGCUGAGAAACUCUGUGAUAGAGACCUCCCGCAAGAUAGCGGGGGACUCUCCGGCCCGAGGCUCUACCCAGCCCCACCGGGACGGUGUGCUGCGCGAUUCCCCAGCGGCUGCUAGCGGCUCCCCCGGCAGGAAAAACGCGAGCGUUGACCGGGAGAAGAAGGAUUAA